AGCACUGUCAGCAAAACCAUGGGAUCUCCUAAUCACACCAACAUGAACCCUUCUAUCUUCUUUCUCCUGGGCAUUCCAGGUCUGGAGCAAUUCCACUCAUGGAUCUCACUCCCGGUAUGCUGCCUGGGUACAGCCACAAUGGUGGGCAAUCUAACCAUCCUGAUUGUUGUUGCCUCUGAACCUGCUCUGCACAAGCCUGUGUACCUUUUCCUAUGCAUGCUUUCAACCAUCGAUUUGGCUGCUUCCCUCUCAACAGUGCCCAAGCUACUGGCCAUCCUCUGGUGUGGAGCUGGAUAUAUAUCUGCCUCUGCCUGCCUGGCACAGAUGUUCUUCAUUCAUGCCUUCUGCAUGAUGGAGUCCACUGUGCUGCUGGCCAUGGCCUUUGAUCGCUAUGUGGCCAUUUGCCACCCCCUUCGAUAUACCACGAUUCUCACCAACACCAUCAUUGCCCGCAUUGGAGUGGUAGCUAUGGUCCGAGGCUCCCUGCUCAUGCUCCCAUGUCCCUUCCUUAUUGGGCGUCUGCGCUUCUGUCGAAGCCAUGUGAUCCCACACACAUACUGUGAGCACAUGGCUGUGGUGAAACUAGCGUGCGGGGACACUAGGCCUAACCAUGUUUAUGGACUGACGGCAGCACUGCUGGUUAUUGGAGUUGACUUGUUUUGAAUUGGUCUGUCCUAUGCCCUCAUUGCUCAAGCUGUCUUUCGUCUCUCAUCUCAUGAAGCUCGGUCCAAGGCCUUAGGGACCUGUGGUUCUCAUGUCUGUGUCAUCCUCAUCUCUUACACACCAGCCCUCUUCUCUUUUUUCACACAUCGUUUUGGCCACCAUGUUCCACUUCAUAUUCAUAUUCUAUUGGCCAAUGUGUAUCUUCUGUUCCCACCAGCUCUUAAUCCUGUGGUUUAUGGAGUUAAGACCAAGGAGAUUCGUGAAAGGGUUGUGAGGGCAUUUCAAAGGAGACAAGGAGCUGGGGUAAAGGUAACCCAGUGA